AUGUCUUCAGUACCAAGCUCAACCACAGCACCAAAUUCAACCGAAUCGUCUGCCGUAGAUGAGGGUUCAUCUUGGUUACCUGAAUGGAUGCCUAUGUGGGGAUUUAUUGUAAUAAUUGUUUUUGUUAUCCUUGCAGUAAUUGCGGGAGUUGGAUACCUUGUAUUUUCGUUGUAUCGACGAAAGCAAAAUGAACGAGAGCUACUUGAACGUAAAAGAUCAAUGCAGCGUCGUUCGCUUUCCAGGCAAUCCUCUUUCAGUAAAAAUAAUCAGUCAAGACCAUCCUCUAGACAGCAGGGUAGGUCGAAUUCUAUUGCUUCAUCCCGUGGUUCCCAGAGUAAUUUGCGACGCAUGAAUUCUAGUAAUUUUAACAAUGGUCCUGGAUCAAUGAAUAAUGCUAACAUGAUGCAACAACAAACACCCGCCGGGAAUCCAUAUGCGCCGCAGCAACAAAUACAACAGGGAGGGGUUGGUGGUCCUGGUGGAAUGACAAGACAACCCUCUUUUGGUGGACGUGGAGGAAUGACAAGACAACCCUCUUUUGGUGGUCGUGGAGGAAUGCCAAAUCAACAACAGCCAAUGAAUCCUGGUGGAAUGACAAGACAGCCCUCUUUCGGUGGACGUGGAGGAAUGCCAAAUCAACAACAGCAAAUGAAUCCUGGUGGAAUGACAAGACAGCCCUCU